UCCUCGCCAUCUCUCUUCUCUCUCUAUCUCUCUCUCUCUCUAUCUCGAGUUCUAUUGUGCUGAAUUGAGAUCGAUCGAGAAGCAUCCCUCGUUGUUGGAAUCGCUAUGCAAUCAAAGUCUCAAAGUUCAGCCCAAGGCAAUCGAAGUAGUCUCAAAGUCUCAAAAAUAUCCAGUGAAAUUAGGCGAUCGAACUCUCAAAGUCUCAAGGCAAUCGAAAUCUCCAAUGAAAUCAGGCUAGGCAAUCGAAGUCUCAAAGUUCAGCCUAUGGCAGUCGGUCUCCCCCUUCUCCUUCAUUCUAUUAAUCUAUUUAGAGCCAAAAAAUAA